GAAGAAAUGGAGGAAGUACAAGCGUUCACCGAGAAAGUUCCGUUCCAUAUUUACCUGCUGAAUAUCUUCUACUGAUUGUUGCCAGCAUUCUUGAUUUACUUGGGAAUCCUAGUGGGAUUCCCAGUGGAAAUGACCUUAUUUAUACAUUUUGUGAUUGAGUUAAUCAUUCCAAAGAUCAUCAUCUCUCAGUUCAAGGACAGUUACCUCUUCAGAAUCGAGUGGAGGGCUAACAGAUUCGAAGGCUCACUAAUAAUGGGACUCGUCCUCGGAUUCAUCUUCUGAGGCCUGACCAUCCUACUCUAUUACUUCUUUGACAAAAUUCUGGGGUGGGACUUGGAAGACAACUUGCUAAGGGAGCCUAUACCUCAAAAUAAGAUUUUGGAGAUAAUAGCUGCUUUCUAUCUAAUAGUAAUAAAGCCAUUCAUUGAGGAAUGGUUCUGGCGGAGCUAUUGCUACUUCAUCUUCUAUAGGACGGAGAUUGACAACUGGCUGAACUCGGUCUUAUGGGCUACAGCUUACGUAGUCUUGGCCAUAAUGUGAGGCCUCGAAAUGAAAGGAUGAAUAAUAGUCUUUAUAGCCUUUACUCUUUUUGGAAGGAUCCAGUUAUUCAUGAUGAAGUCGUACGGGCUUUUGGUAGCAGUCAUGUCUCAUAUGGGAGCCAGCUUUGGAGUCAUGCUGUGAUAUUUCUUGGAGAAGAAUAGGAAGUUUGGGGAAUAAGGAGUAUUGGGAGUUAAAUUUUCAGCAUUUAGAGGA